AUGCUCGACCAGUACACCUACAUCUUCGCCAUUGGCACCAUGUUUGCCAUGCUUGACGCCUUCAACAACGGCGCCAACGACGUGGCAAACUCGUGGGCGACCAGUGUCUCCUCGCGCUCCAUCUCCUACCGCCAGGCCAUGAUCUUCGGCACCGUCUUCGAGCUGCUCGGAGCCAUCACCGUCGGCGCCCGAACGGCUGAAACCAUCAAGAACGGCAUCAUCCCCAACUCCGCCUUCCAGGGCAACGCGGGCGUCCAGAUGCUCGCCUUCACCAUCGCCCUCGUCGGCGCCUCCUCCUGGGUCAUGUGGUGCACCCGUCACUCCGCCCACGUCUCCUCGACCUACUCGCUCAUCUCCUCCGUUGCUGGUGUUGGCGUGGCCACCGUCGGCGCAUCCAAGGUCCAGUGGGGUUGGAACAACGGCAAGGGUCUCGGUGCCAUCUUCGCCGGCCUGGGAAUGGCUCCCGCCAUCUCGGCUGGUUUCGCUGCCUCCAUCUUCAUGCUCAUCAAGCUGGUCGUCCACAUGCGCAAGGACCCCGUUCCCUGGGCUGUCUACACCUCGCCCUUCUUCUUCCUGAUUGCCGGAACCAUCUGUACUCUGUCCAUCGUGUACAAGGGAUCCCCCAAUCUCGGUCUCGGCAAGAAGCCCGCCUGGUACAUUGCUGCUGUCACCAUGGGAACCGCCGGCGGUGUCUGCCUGCUCGCUGCUCUCUUCUUCGUCCCCUACGUCCACGCCAAGGUCAUCAAGAAGGACGCCUCCGUCAAGUGGUAUCAUGCCUUCAUGGGCCCGCUCCUCUUCAAGCGUGCUCCCGUCGCCCCUGCUGACCGUGCUGCCGUCCCCAACUAUGCCGUCGUCCAGCACGACCCCGAUCUCGACGAGACCCCGGCCGGCGGUGAUGCCAUGGCCAAGGCUGAGAACGGCUCCAGCACCCCCGACGACAAGGAACAGAAGCUCGCCUCCAUCGACGCUCCUCCGCUCACCCAGAAGGAACUCAAUGCUCAGGGUGACGCCCGUCUCAACGCCAAGCUCCGCAAGAAGCGUGGUCCUCUCGGCUGGGCUCUUCGCACUCUCCACGACAACCCCAUGGGUCCCGGCCAGAUCUACGAGAUCCACAACAUCAAGAUCAUCCUCAAGCGUAUCCCUGCCACCAUCGUCGCCGGUCUCCUGUACGGUAUGCACUACGACAUCCACGCCGCCCAGACUGGUAUCGCCGGCACCCCUGAGGGUUCCCGCAUGGCCCGUGUCUAUGACGCUGCCGAGAAGUACCCCAACGAAGUCGAGCACACCUACUCCUUCGUCCAGGUCCUGACUGCCUGUACCGCCUCUUUCGCCCACGGAGCCAACGAUAUCGGAAACUCCGUUGGUCCCUGGGCCGUCAUCUACGGUGCCUGGUCCACCGGUGAUGCCGCCAAGGCCAAGGCCCCCGUCCCCGUCUGGCAGCUCGCUGUUCUCGCCCUCACCAUCUCCUUCGGUCUCAUCACCUACGGCUACAACAUCAUGAAGGUCAUGGGUAACAAGCUCACCUACCACUCCCCAUCCCGUGGCUCCUCCAUGGAAAUGGGUGCCGCCAUCUGUGUUCUCGUCUUCUCCCAGUACUCCCUGCCCGUCUCCACCAGUAUGUGCAUCACCGGUGCCACCGUCGGUGUCGGUCUCUGCAACGGCACCUUCAGAGCCGUCAACUGGCAGCGAGUAGGCCUCUUGCUGCUUGCCUGGAUCAUGACCAUCCCCGUCGCUGGAACCAUCGGUGGUGUCCUCAUGGGCCUCUUCCUUAACGCCCCUCACUUCUAA